GGGCCACGCCCCUUGAGCCCUGAGGGACUCGCGCGGGGCUAGAGGUGCGGAGUCUUCUUCGUGACCUUUCACCCCAGCAUGGCUGCGCCCUUGGGACCAGUGAAAUUCUGGAAACCCGGUACAGAAGGGCCAGGUGUCAGCAUUUCUGAAGAGAGACAAAGUGUUGCUGAGAACUCUGGGACAACCGUUAUUUACAAUCCCUACGCGGCACUUUCCAUAGAGCAGCAGCGGCAGAAGCUGCCUGUGUUCAAGCUUAGGAACCACAUUUUGUACUUGGUAGAAAACUAUCAGACUGUGGUGAUUGUUGGAGAGACGGGAUGUGGGAAGAGCACCCAGAUUCCGCAGUACCUGGCAGAAGCUGGCUGGACAGCAGAAGGACGAGUGGUCGGAGUGACCCAGCCUCGCAGAGUAGCUGCUGUGACGCAUGAUCUUUCUUCCCAAAGGUUGCAGGCAGAGUAGCCGAUGAGAGGGGUGCAGUGCUGGGCCACGAGGUGGGCUACUGUAUCCGCUUUGAUGACUGCACCGACCCACUGGCAACGAGAAUUAAGUUCCUUACAGAUGGCAUGCUGGUCAGAGAAAUGAUGGUUGAUCCAUUGUUAACAAAAUACAGUGUCAUCAUGCUGGACGAAGCCCACGAGAGGACCUUGUAUACGGACAUUGCCAUUGGCUUGCUGAAGAAGAUUCAGAAAAAGCGAGGGGAUCUUCGCUUGAUUGUGGCCUCAGCCACUCUGGAUGCAGAGAAAUUUCGAGAUUUCUUUAACCAGAAUGAGACCAGUGACCCAGCCAGAGAUACCUCUGUGACGCUCGCAGUGGAAGGACGGACAUUUCCAGUGGAUAUCUUUUACCUACAAAGUCCUGUUCCAGAUUAUAUCAAGGCAACUGUGGACACUGUGGUAAAAAUUCAUCAGACAGAGGGAGAUGGAGACAUACUAGCCUUUCUUACUGGCCAGGAAGAAGUAGAAACCGUUGUGUCCAUGCUGAUUGAGCAGGCUCGGGCACUGGCUCGCACUGGGAUGAAGAAACACCUCCGAGUUCUCCCCAUGUAUGCAGGGCUGCCUUCUUUUGAGCAGAUGAAGGUGUUUGAAAGGGUGUCACACAGCGUCAGGAAGGUGAUUGUAGCCACCAAUGUGGCCGAGACUUCCAUCACAAUCAGUGGCAUUGUGUAUGUGAUUGAUUGUGGCUUUAUGAAGCUCCGAGCAUACAACCCCAAGACAGCUAUUGAAUGCUUGGUGGUGGUACCAGUGUCUCAGGCGUCAGCCAAUCAGCGGGCAGGACGUGGUGGGCGCAACCGCUCAGGAAAGUGUUACCGCCUUUAUACAGAGGAAGCCUUUGACCAGUUACCUCAGUCCACCGUCCCUGAGAUGCAGCGCAGCAAUUUGGCCCCCGUCAUCCUGCAGCUGAAAGCUCUAGGGAUCGACAAUGUCCUCAGGUUCCAUUUCAUGUCUCCCCCGCCAGCACAGUCGAUGGUUCAAGCCUUGGAGCUGCUCUAUGCUCUCGGAGGUCUAGACAAAGACUGUCGCCUAACUGAGCCGCUUGGCAUGAGGAUUGCAGAGUUUCCUCUGAACCCCAUGUUUGCCAAGAUGCUGCUGGAGUCAGGGAACUUCGGCUGUUCUCAGGAAGUCCUGAGUAUUGCUGCCAUGAUGCAGAUCCAGAAUGUCUUCAUGUUCCCUUCAAACCAGAAGUCUCAGGCGACUCGAGUGCACCGGAAAUUUGCUGUGGAAGAGGGUGACCAUCUUACCAUGCUCAAUGUGUAUGAAGCGUUUAUCAAACACAACAAGAGCUCGCAGUGGUGUCAGGAGCAUUUCCUGAAUUACAAGGGUCUUGUCAGAGCUGCCACUGUGAGAGACCAGUUGAAAAAGCUCCUCGUCAAGUUCCAAGUGCCCAAGGUGUCCAGUGAAGGUGAUCCGGAUCCAGUCCUGAGGUGUAUCGUGUCAGGGUUUUUUGCAAAUGCAGCACGGUUUCACUCCACUGGAGCGUAUAGGACUAUCCGUGAUGACCACGAGCUGCACAUCCACCCUGCCUCAGUCCUGUACGCAGAGAAGCCACCCCGCUGGGUUAUCUACAAUGAAGUUAUACAGACCUCCAAGUAUUACAUGCGAGAUGUGACUGCCAUAGAAUCUGCGUGGCUGCUGGAGCUGGCUCCCCACUUUUAUCAACAAGGAACGCACCUGUCUCUGAAAGCCAAAAGGGCCAAGGUCCAGGACCAGUGAGUGGAGCUCAGGAAGAGGCUACAGGGAUGCAGAGUGUGGCAUCCUUCCUUCAUGUUGUCUCUGGCACCAGCUCAGGUGGAACAGGCAGACACUCUGCUGUGGGCUGCACCCUGCUUAUUAGCCCCCCUUUCUGCUCCCCUCAGCAUUUGCCAUCCUCACUGGGCCCCAGAGGAGCCUGAGCAUAGCCAGCGUUCUGCAGCACUGCGCGUAGGCCAAGCAGGAGUUGGCUGGGCUGUGCUCUGGGCUCAGUUCUCACUCUCAGCAGCUGGCAUGCUACUCCAGCAGGUACAGUCCUGGUCCAGCUCUGUGGUGAGGAAAGUGAGCUGCUGAAGGCUGCAGACCUGUGUAGACAGGGCUCUCCUGGCCUCCUGCAUCCUGCCUGCUGUGGCCACAGUUUUUGACUGCUGAGAUCGACUGCUGCUGUGUGUGUUAAGUAUACAAGGAAAUGCUGGGCAUUUCCAUCAAGAUCACCAAAGGCGUGUGAGGCACGGGGGCUUCCAGAUGCAGCAGCUUCUUCCUUCCCUCUGCCCACGUGCCUGCUUGUCUGCAGUGGGGGACUUAGUGCAGUGAUGGUGGGCCACUCGGGACUCACAGCCCUGUCUUUGUUAGCCACUUGCUUUGCAAGUGGGCUUAGCUUUCUCUCAGAGCACGAUGCCACAUCCUGGUGCCAGUAGCUGGGCACCAGGGACCGUUCAUCAGCCUCGACCCCAUGGGGCUUCUCUUUAGCAGGAAUUCACUACAGUUUAGAAGCCCUAAACUUGUGUAGCUCAGGAACAUAUAACUCUUGUAUAUUUAUCUCUGUUCGGUUGCUUGCAUUCUUGCAAGAACACAGGCAGCUCCCCAGGCACUGUUCCCACUGCACCAGGGUUGCCUUGCAGUGACAGCACACGACAAGACAGACUCUCCCUUACUCUUUCAAUGAUGUUUAUUUUAAAACCGUAGCUUGAAAGUUUAUUUUUGUACUGGUCUUAGUUUGGAUGUGUCACUUUUGGCACCAAACUUAUGUCAUUUUUAUUUCCAUUUUAUAAAUGUAAAUAGCUGUGGUGAGCGGUUAAAUGUCGUAAAUAUUUCUACCUGAAGGACAUGCUUCUCCCGUCUGUGGAUCUUGUGCUCUGUAUUUUAACAUGGUCCAGUUAAUUAUUUCAAGUGAGGCCUGACCGUGGCUACAGUUCCUGAUGCUGCCUUGUGCUGCAGCUGGGGGUGGGGUGCCCAGGAUGAUGUGUCUGAACGCUCUCAGACUGUAUUAGAACAAAGUGUGGGGCAGUGUUUAAAGGAAGAACUGAAGAGUUCUAAUUCUCACCAGCUGGGGUCUGCCUGCUGUUUUAUUACUGUUUGUCGUUGGUGUGUGCUGGCAAACCAUAGGCGCACAUAUGGAGACACUUUUGGAGCCAGGGGAUAACCUUGGCUCAUUUCUCAGAAAUGACCCACCUUAUUUUUGAGACAAAGUCUCUCUCACUGGGGCCUGGGGUUCAGCCAUUCAGUGAGCUCCAGGGUCCCCCCAACCCCCGCCUCCUCAGUACUAGGAUUGCAAGUGUGUACCACCGUACCUAGCUUUUUACAUGGCUUUGUGGACUCAAACUCAGGUUGCCUGGCUUGUGUGGCAAGCACAUUGCCAGCAGAGCUACCUCCCAGCCUCUUUCUCUUAUUUUUUAUUUUAAAAACUUAUUUUUUUCUUAUGUGUUGGAUUGUUUUGCUUGCAUGUUUAUCUGCAUGCCUGGCGACCAUAGAGUUCAGAAGAGGGCUCCACUGAAACUGAUGGCUGUGAGCUACCCUGUGGAUGCUAGGAACCGGAUGUAGGUCCUCUGCAAGAGAAGCAAGUAUUCUGAAAGCCUGAUACUUUUUAAGUGUUGUAUUAUAUUGGAUGGGAGAACGUCUAGAGGAACUAGACCCUCACAUUUGAGGCCACAGAUCUGAAAUGGGAGGCCAUGCACUCUGGAGGUGGACAGAUAGAAGCAAGCCACCUUCUUUUGCCACAUCUAUCUUGGUAUGUUUGGUCUUAAGUAUCCAGUCUGCUCCAUUCCUCUCCAUCUGGACAGCGGAGGGCUGCCUUCUAGCUAGUGUCCCACGCUGCACUACGUAACAGCCCUUUCUGGGUGGAAGUGCGCCAUCACUGUCAUGAGAUCUACAGGCACAGAAUCUGGGGACUGUGGCUUCAUAGCCACCUUCAUGCAUCUCCAUUUGUGACCUGCAUGGGCCUGUGUCCUGUUCCAUGGAUGAUUUUUCUGCUUCUGUCUGGUUUGUGGGGCCGUCAGCACAUGCUGCUUGAGCCCUUGGGCUGUGUCUGUGGUGUGGGCUAUGAGAUGCUUGUCAACAAGGAGCUGGGGAGUGGACCAGGAGGGAGGUAGGAUGCAGGUGAUGCUGGGUGUGGUUUAUUUAUGUAGUUUAGUAUUAUUUUAUAAUGGUCUUGGGGAAAAAUAAAUGCCAACAGUCUUACAUCAGCCAGGCAAUUAAAAACCAAUACAAAUGCAAACAAAGCCAGAGUGAAAUCCCAGAGCCUGGAAACUGCUGGGUGUGGGCUUUGUGGACCGUGGGCCAGCUGGCGAUGGCACUGAGCAUCACUACUCCUGGAACGUAGUCCAGUGCUGAGCAGAUGGGUUUCCAGUGGACCUAGGACAGCGUGGGACUGUUGGCUCCAUGCUGGAGAAGUUUGUGCUACCUGGUCUCGGGUCUAUGUCCUUCCAACAGGGUCAGAUUGAAGAUUCCCACUUUUCAGUACCAUACUGGACUUUCUUCAGCUUCCGGCUCAUGGUGAACCAGAUGAUAGAACUCCAAGUAGAUUUGCCCUGCUCAUUGUUGGUCUCAAAGGUAGCCAGAGCUCCUGUCUGCAUCCUGCCCACUGCUGAGGACCUGGGAUUGGGACACCUGGGACCCUAAGGGAAGUAUUGGCUGGCAGGAACUUAAUAGUCACCCUUCUGCAUACUUAAAAGAUUGCCCCCCCCAUUCUAAUCUGGUUCUUCAGUUUAUUUUUAUUAUGUGUACAUGUGUGUGCACCAGGGCACACAUGUGGAGGUCAGAGGAUAACUCUUGAAUGCUGAUCCUUAUGUUACCUUGCUUGCCAGGCUAGCUGGCCUGCAAGCCUCUGGGGAUUCUCCUGUCCCCACAUUCCCCAGGUUCAUCUCCCUGUGGGAGUGCUGGAUUACUGAUGCACAGUACCCUGGCAGCUUUAUGUGGGUUCUAAGGAUCUGAACCCAGUCCUCACACUUUGAGGGCAAACAUGUUUACCUUCUGAGCCAUCUCCCUGCCCUCAUUACUCUACUUAAAGGUCCAGUCUCAGGCACGUGUAAAAUGUCUGCUCCGCCCCUUGGGCUUCUGUCUUUCCCCCCCUUGUCUUCCCCCCCAAACUUCUUUGUCAUUUUCUGUAUCAUGAAGUUUUCAAUUAAAAAAACCAUGGUUAUUAGAUUUAUUUUA